AUGAACUUCACGAUCCAAGUACCCAACGGGACGACAAACCACGGCCAGCCGGACCUCUACUGUGUGCCACCCGAUUGGAAAACCUUUACCGAGUUCUUCGCCACAAACUAUCUGCUCCAUGUCUUGACGGUACCAGCAGAGCCUGGCGAGGCGACAUCGUGGCUCGUCUUCGCUGCGUUCGCGGCGCUCGUGUGCCCAUCCGCCGGUGUUGUUCGCGCCAUCCGGGUGCUCGAGCGGAAGCCAUUCUGGUGGAGGCGAGGGAACGACGUCCAGGAAGCCUUGAACGCCGGUGCGCUGUGCACUGUUGUCAGGACUGUGGUACAGGAGGGCGCGCGCGACGACGGUUAUUUUUCUCCCAUGAUCCCCGAAGAAAGCUGGACUCGAGACAUCUUCAAAUGGUACACCGGCGACUAUGCCGCGCUGCUCAUUGCGCCCAUGAAACGACGAGUUCUGCAUGGAUCAUGCGUCUUACCCAAGGGAUUUGAGCUUUUGCAGCUGCCAGCCGGCACUCCGAUCAAAGUCUUGUCGGGAUUUGAGAGGGCUGUGCCGCCUCGUGAUAUGGACAAGGGGUGGUUUUCAAACGGAGGUGUUAGGAUUGGCUCCAACUUCAACAUCGCCAAAGGUCUCGUUGGCUUGAUUCAGAUCGUUUCUGGAUCCGUCACCUUGUACCAGUCACGGGGUGACCAGAUCGAGCGCUACGGCUAUGCGGCGUUUGGGCUUUCUAUUGUCCCAUACGUAUUUAUGUCGACGUUGAACCUCCUAGCAGCGCUAGUCUCGCCCGAGUAUCCAGCGAUGUAUCUGGCUCUUAGCCCUGACGUCGAAUCUGCUAUCGCCCAAGGCGGUAUCUUUGAGGGAGCCGUCGCCACGAUUGACACCGGCGCUACUGAUGAAGAGUUGGGUACCGGACGCAACAAUCCCCCAGCAUCGACGAGGAAAAUCUAUCUUUAUCGCCUCUCUAUUCCCCGCACCAGCUUGGGGAAAUUGCUCCUCAUCGGGGCAUCUUUCGUGCCAUUCAGUAUCUUCGGAGGGCUUUCCGGUUUUAGAUCGGGAAACAGCACCCACACGCAAAGAGGCUUCAUGAUGUCGUGGCAGGUGGUUGGCGCAGUGUAUUGGAUCCAAGCUGAACUGGCCAAGUAUUAUAUUGAUGAUGAAUCUUGGCUUGUUCUUUGGGCGGCACUGGUUCAGGUGAUUUGUCUUGGCGCCCCAGCUGUUGGUGGCAUGGUCAUGGUUGGACAGAUGCUUCGCGAGUAUGGAGUGUGCACAAGAAUUGACGUUGGAGAUCGCACCAAGCCCUUCAAUCACCAGAUUGAUCUCUUUGACAACAUCCGUGUUCUUCUACUCGCCUGCGAGGUGAAUCGAUGGAAGAUCCUGAAGCGGCUCGUGGAAUUUGAAUACGAUUUCUCGGUACGGCCUACUUGUGGCAAGGAACUUGAGCUAUGA